GAUAACUCCGACGUGCACUUGCUCAUCCCUAUUGGUUGCCUGCGUGGAAAAUAAACUUUCCAGCUUUUUUCUGUUAAAUAUAGACGAAUUAGAAUAGACCAACAACGAAAAUGGCUGCUGCAGCGCCAACCCGGAACAACUGGAACCCGGCGAUGAAGCACAACGAUAUGGAGCGGUGGAUUUGCAUUUAUCCCGCAUACAUCAACAGCAAGAAGACGCGCCAGGAGGGCCGCCGGCUGCCCAAGGAGAACUGUGUGGAGAACCCCACCUACAUCGAGAUCCGGGACGUGCUGUCGGUGACGAACCUCCAGUUCCUGGUGGAGAACAUGAAGUACUGCCGCGAGAAGAGCAGCGAGCUCCACUUCCGCGGCCGUGUGCGCGUCCAGCUGCGCAACGCGGACGGCACGCUCUUCAACAGCGACUUCACCUCCCGCGAGGACAUCAUGCGGCACAUCGCCAGCAAGAUUCCGCAGCUGAAGACGCGCCAGAACAAGACGGGCGACUCGUUUCACCAGCAGUCGCAGCCACAGACGAGUGGCACCACCAGCGGUGCUGGUGGCGGCGGCGGCGGGGGCGGCAAAAAGGGCAAGGGCAAGCGUCGUUAGAGCAAGUGUUUCUCGUUAGUUGGUUUCUUUUGUAAUAAAUGCUAUAAACAGA